CAAAGACAGAAAAGUGCAAAUGGAAAACUACACUGGAAAUGAAACGCAAGUUAUGUCGGAAUCUUACGCCACAGAAGCCAAGACCGGUGGGAAUGGUGUGCGGACGCUAAUUGGAUGCAUUUUGUUUGUUCUCAUUGUGUCGACACUACUGGGGAACACGCUCGUGUGCGCCGCAGUCGUUAAAUUCAGACACCUCCGGUCCAAGGUAACCAACUUUUUCGUGAUUUCUCUGGCUGUGUCAGACCUCUUCGUUGCCGUCCUCGUGAUGCCAUGGGAGGCAAUAUCUGAAGUGACUGGGACCUGGCUGUUUGGUAGAUUUUGUGGCAUAUGGAUAGCUUUUGACAUAAUGUGCUCAACGGCAUCAAUUCUUAAUCUGUGUAUCAUAAGCGUGGACAGAUACUGGGCUAUAGCAAGUCCUUUUAGAUAUGAACGAAAAAUGACCCACAGAGUUGCAUUUAUCAUGAUUGCAGUGGCGUGGACGCUGUCAAUUCUCAUAUCCUUCAUACCUGUCCAACUGAACUGGCACGUGGCCGAGGAGGAGACAUCAGCGGGAAACGUUAGCAACCACUCCGAGAACUGCAUAGCGAACUUGAACAAGACCUAUGCUAUUUUCACAUCACUGAUCAGUUUCUACAUCCCAGUUGUCAUCAUGGUUGCCACCUACACGAGGAUUUUCCGUAUUGCGCAAACACAGAUACGGAGGAUAUCCUCAUUGGAGAGAGCUGUGGAGCAAGCGCAAAAUAACCAACACCCAAACGUUUGCGCACACGAAAACGCAUUGAAAACUGCUUUUAAAAAGGAAACAAAGGUCUUAAAGACCCUCUCCAUUAUCAUGGGGGUUUUUGUUUUUUGCUGGCUGCCCUUUUUUGUCCUAAACUGCAUGGUACCUUUCUAUGACCCUCCGUGUGUAAGCGACACCACGUUCACAAUUUUCGUUUGGUUUGGUUGGGCCAACUCUUCGCUAAACCCCGUCAUUUACGCAUUUAACGCAGAUUUCAGAAAAGCCUUUACAACUAUUCUAGGCUGCAAUAAAAUGUGUUCAACCAAUACAUUGGAGGCUGUUAAUUUCAGCAAUGAAUUGGUGUCCUAUCACCACGACACAACGCUCCAAAAAGACGCACAAGUCUUAAUGGCUACACACCAUCCAAACGCAAUCCCUAACUUGGGGGAGGACACAACCCCACUGUUCGACAAAGUUUCUCUUAUCUCAAUCGCAUCCCACAAUCACAAGAACAUGUUUCUGCCAGCCAAUGUCCAAUUCCAGUGUGACGGGGAAAUGUAAUUUACCACAGCUGGAGCCAUGGGGUGCGAUGCAAUCCAUGGUCAAAUCCACGAUUAGAAUCUUGCACAAUUGUAGGCUAUGAUUUAUUCAUGGAGUAUUGAUUUAUUUGUAUUUAUUUAAGUUAUAUUUUAUUGUGAAAUCAUUCACUUAUGUUGUUUUGCAUAAUGCCGUGCGCAAUGUUAUAAUUUAUUUAUUAUCUCACUGAUCAUGAUCAAUACAUUUACACAGUGCUUCUUUUGAAAAGUAGGCAUGUGUCUUGAUAAAUGGAAGGAAAUCACGUAGAAAUGUUAGCCUAGUUUUAGUCUUGCUACUACACACAUUUCAAAUAAUUGAGACUAGUUAAAUAAAGGUUGAAUAAAAAAUAUAUACAUAAAAAGACACAAUUGAACGAAUAAGCUAUGUGAUGUGUAUUGCAUAAUGAGAGGAUAUCAUUACAUUUUGUUAGUGUUUUUUUUUUACUCUUGCCAAAAUACUUGUUCUAAUUCAAUGAGGAUGGUGGUAGUGUUUCUGUAGCAAAGUAGCUCUCAAACACCAUGGGAGUAAUCUGUUUCAAAUCAAUUCACAUUUAUUAGUAAUAAUGGUAAAAUAAUACUUAAUGAAAAUGUAAUUAUUUUGGUAUAAGUUGAUAUGUUUAAUCAGAUACAGUAUAUAAUAAUGGAACCAUAACUUUGCAUUGUUUUGUGAAAAUAGCUGUCGAAAUCUUGUAAUCUUUUGCCACCUCUUACUCAAGUUAAGUCAUCAUUUAUUUAAAGUGCAUUUCACAAUGUCUCAACACACUUUACAAAGAACAUUUAAAUUAAAACAUGUAAAAUAUACUCAACCAUUUGUGAAUGAAUAUAGCUAGAA